AAAAAAUGCCGCGCUCUUCUAAGGAUGCCCUUAAUCCCCCCUUAUGCCCUCUUCUAAUAAUGCCCCUCUCCUUUCUCUCCAUCUUCCCUCCCGAUUUUAUUUUUUUGUUAUCACCUGCGAUAUCCCUCCCUGUUAUAGCCAAUAGACUUGGCAUCGGCCAAAAAAUGCCGCGCUCUUCUAAGGAUGCCCUUAAAUUGCCCUUUCCUUUCUCUCCAACUUCCCUCCCGAUUCUCUCCAUCUUCCCUCCCGAUUUUAUUUUUUCAGACACAUGA